GCGAGAUCCUGGUAGCGACUAUCACAACCCAUUUUCCCGCCAAACUACAAGGCGGUGUCAUCGUUGCCAAUGGUUACAAAAAUGUCAUAUACUUCAAAGAGUAUAAAAUGAAGAAGCUGUCGGAUGGGCUCCCAUUCCCUUCACGGUCUUGUCGAGCCACGUUACGAGGGCCUGGGUACUAUGAGCUGGAUGCUGCGCAUGGCACGUGGCCUGCUAGCGGGUUCUGCAGAGUGCUCAUGCCAAAAAGUCUUCAUACUAAAGAGUACAGUGUGUCUGUUGACUUGUAUAACGUGGUUGGCUGGAAAGGCGUUAACUCUGGGCACUUGGGUCUUAUGUAUAACGCCAAAGACAUCGACAACUUUGAAUUUGUGUAUUUCAGACCCCAUUGGGUGGCCGGUUGCUACCAGACCGGAUAUGUGAAGAAUGGGGUUCCUGUGUUUGACAAUCUCGCAGUUAACCGCCCGUGUGUUAAUGGACCACCAAAAGGACAGACUUGGUUUACUGCAAAGGUCAGUGUUGAAGGAGCAUCGGUAAAAAUCUACAGAGAUAAUGUAUAUCUCAGCUCAGUCCCUACGCGCUUCACUCCCACACCAAAAGGUGGUGUCAUUGUCGCCAAUGGUUACCAGAACGUCAUCUACUACAGAGACUUCAGACUCCGCCCACUCAACCAGCCAAUACCGUUCCUUACCACUCAGUGCAUUAGUGCAGCUCAGAAAGGCAGCGGUUAUACACUUCAUGGUACAAACGGCGCAUGGCCUGGGAGCGGGUUCUGCCGUGCGCUGUACGACGAGGUAAUUGCAGGCUCAGGUUAUACAAUCUCUGCUGAUUUCUACAACGUUCGCGGAAGGUCUAGUAGCCAGUCUUCUGGAGUUGGACAUCUUGGAAUAAUGUUCAACGCAAAAGACCUGAACAAUUUCGACUUCAUUUACUUCAGGCCCCACUGGGUCAACGGCUGCGUACAACCCGGAUAUGUCCAGACCAAUGUCGUCCACACUACGUCAACGUUCCCAUGCUCUAACGGCCCUCCAGCCACAGGAACCUGGUUCAACAUCAAAGUUGUCGUGGCCGGAAGUCAGGCUCGUGUCUAUAGAGACGGAGUUCUCGUGCGCACCAUUUCCGGUCACUUUUCCGCUCUCGCAAGUGGUGGCGUGGUCGUUGCCAAUGGUUAUGACAACGUUAUUGAAUUCAAGAAUUUUAAUGUCGUGAAAAACUAGGCAUGCAGUUGUAAUGGUACUUGGCCCUAGCCUUUAGUACAAAUAUUAAACAAAAGAAACCAA